CCCCUCACAGUUAAAUUGAAACGACGAUACGCGGAGGAGCUCUACAGGUGUUCCACUGUCAUAAUUAAACGAAAACAACCUCCCGCCCCUGUGGAAAGUGUAGAACGGGGGUUGCAACGUGCUGCUCUGAAAAUCAUACUUCAGUAUUCCAACAAUUGGCUUUGAAAGCUCACUGACCCAAGAUGAACAGUGGUGGACAAUCGUACCCCCUCGCCUCUCUGUAUGUAGGCGACCUGCAUUCAGAUGUCACGGAGGCAAUGCUCUACCAGAAGUUCUCUCCUGCUGGACCCAUCAUGUCCAUCCGUGUGUGCCGCGACAUCAUCACCCGCAGGUCUCUGGGAUAUGCAUACAUAAACUUCCAGCAACCAGCUGAUGCUGAGUGCGCCCUGGAUACAAUGAACUACGACGUUAUCAAAGGUCGGCCUAUCAGAAUAAUGUGGUCUCAGCGUGACCCGGGACUCAGGAAGUCUGGCGUGGGAAACAUCUUCAUCAAGAAUAUGGACGAGUCUAUUGACAACAAGGCUCUCUACGAUACCUUCUCUGCCUUUGGCAACAUUUUGUCCUGCAAGGUUGUUUGUGACGAGAAAGGGUCCAAAGGUUAUGGAUUUGUUCACUUUGAGACUCAGGAGGCUGCAAACCGGGCCAUUGACACCAUGAAUGGGAUGCUGCUGAAUGAUAGGAAAGUCUUUGUUGGCCACUUUAAGUCCCGCAAGGAAAGAGAGAUGGAGUUUGGAACCAAAGCGAUGAAGUUCACCAACGUCUACAUCAAAAACUUUGGUGAAGACUACACUGAUGAGAAACUCAAGGAAGUCUUUGCUGAGUUUGGCAGGACUCUCAGUGUGCGGGUGAUGAGGGAUGAGAGGGGCCGUUCCCGAGGGUUUGGCUUUGUGAACUACGCUAGCCACGAGGACGCUCAGCAGGCAGUUGAUGAAAUGAAUGGAAAGGAUAUCAAUGGGAAGACCAUCUUCGUCGGUCGCGCUCAGAAGAGACUGGAGCGCCAGGGAGAGCUCAAGCGCAAGUUUGACCAGAUCAAGCAGGAUCGCAUCCAGCGCUACCAGGGGGUGAAUCUGUAUGUGAAGAACUUGGACGAUACCAUAGAUGACGAGAGGCUACGGAAAGAGUUUGCCCCUUACGGCACCAUCACCAGUGCCAAGGUCAUGACAGAUGGCUCCCAAAGCAAGGGCUUUGGCUUUGUGUGUUUCUCCUCACCUGAGGAAGCAACCAAAGCAGUGACUGAAAUGAACGGGAGAAUUAUUGCCACCAAGCCGCUGUAUGUGGCACUGGCUCAGCGGAGGGAGGAGCGUAAAGCAAUCCUGACCAAUAAAUACAUGCAGAGGAUCUCUACCAUGAGGACCAUGCCAAGUCCCGUCAUCGACUCAUACCAGCAGGCCGGAUACUACAUGACUGUGCCACAGGCUCCCACUCGUUCUUUCUACAACCCCAAUGUCAGUAGCAACAUAAGACCAGGGCCGCGUUGGAGCGGACCGCCACAGAGACUGCAGGGCCCCUACUCGAGCCAAAUUGUUGGAUGCUCUGUUCCCCGACGUGGACCGACCCCCAUCGCUACGGUCAGACAGGCCUCCACUCAGGCUCCACGCAUCAUAAGCGGUUCACAUAAGACAAAUAACAUAGGCACCCAGACCCAGGGCGGGCGUACUGAUGUGCUUGUUAUGGCCAGAGGCGGCCAGUACAGGUACUCCUCUGCAGUGAGAAACGCCCAGCAGGUUGUUACUAUACCGUCAGCCAUGGCAAGAAUACAGGCUCUUCCGGCGCCGAUGAUGGAGCCACCACCCGUGCACUUUGGAGGUCAUGAGCCACUCACUGCUUCGAUGCUGGCUUCAGCUCCACUCUUGGAUCAGAAGCAGCUCCUCGGAGAGCGGUUGUAUCCAGUGAUCCACUCCCUGCACCCAAACUUAGCAGGGAAAAUCACAGGCAUGCUGCUGGAGAUCGACAACUCUGAGCUGCUGCACAUGCUGGAGUGUCCCGAGUCCCUGAAUGCUAAGGUGGACGAGGCGAUUGCUGUCCUGCAGGCUCACCAGGCCAAGGAAUGCUCUCCUAAGAAGUGAAGAAGCCUUUUCAGAUGUCAACGACUUUCUGGAGGAGGGGAAAAAAAACAUAAAAACAGUAAAACUUUGAAAAAGAAAAAAAAACAGUAAAAAGAUCUGAUAUGUUAAAACUAUUUUGUUGUUGCGAAACCUUUUGUUAGAAGAUAAAG